CUGACUUAGUUUAUCUUGCGAUGAAUUACGAAGGAUUCGUAAUAAAUAACAACUCUGAAGAAAUAGGUAGCUCUACUUCAUUGUCCCUUAUCUCUGUUCAGGCGAAAACCGUAGGUAUAUAUAUAGACCCUUUUCUUUCGUCUCUCUCCUUCUCUCCUUCUUUUCUUCCUCAUCUCGGUUUAUUUUCAUCUAACCAAUUUGUUUUGAAUUUAUUUUGUUUGAAUGGUACCAUUCGUCUAAUUUGAUUAUUGAUAUUGGAUUGGUUUAAUUUGCCAGCGAAGUUUUGAGAAAGUGUAAUUUCAUCUACAAAAUCCAUUGUUCAAACUGGUUUUUACCUUGUUUUUGAGACCAGUUUCCAGUAUUUGCUUCUUUUAAGAAGGCAUAGUUUAGCAAUUGUUCCUAUACUCGCCUUUAGUAUAUUUUAGCAAUUUCCCGUCAGAGAAAAGCUGAACAAUUUUAUAAUGGUACAGACGCAGAGUUUUCAACCUAAGGGAGGAAAAUCUGUAGAGGAUGACUUGGAGUAUCUGUUGGGAGAACCAAAGUGGGCAAAGAAAUCCAAGUCAAUAUGGAAAAAGAUCUUGGAUUGGUUUGUAGUCAUAUUCUUUGUUAUCUCAGCAACUGUCGUAUCUUUUGUACUCUUCGUUAGAAAAGAAACCCCCAUAAAGGAAUUAUCUUCUGAAGCGGAUGUCAAUGCUACGUCGUUUUGCUAUCAACCUGCCAGCCUUGUCUCAUCUAAAAUUGAACCUUUCUUAGAGACCCAAGGUGUCGGCUGCUCCGAAUUUAUCAAUACACCACAAUUUCGCAACGACAGUCUUGAGCGCUUUCAAAAAGUAUUGCGCGUUCCAAGCAUCUCUUACGAUGACCUUGGUCAUGUUGGCGAAGAUGAGCGCUGGAACAUCUUUGGCGAUUUGCACGAUGUCUUCCGCGACAUUUAUCCAAACAUCUUUAAAAAAUUACAAGUUGAAUACGUUGCUACUUAUGGUCUUUUGAUAACGUAUAAAGGUUCCAAUGAGGACCUGAAACCUCUUGUUUUAAUGGCCCAUCAAGACGUGGUCCCCAUUGCAGAGGCUACUUUAGACAAAUGGUAUUUCCCCCCAUUUAGCGCUACUUACAAGGAUGGUAUCGUUUACGGUCGCGGAGCUACCGAUGACAAAAAUUCCUUAGUUGGCAUCUUUGAGGCUUUAGAGUUACUUGCUUCCUCUGACUUUACGCCAGAGCGUACGGUGAUUGCAUCCAUUGGAUUUGACGAAGAAAUCUCUGGCUAUCAUAGUGCUUUGCCUUUAGCAAAACGCCUUUACGAGAUUUAUGGGCAAGAUGGUGUCGAGCUUAUUCUCGACGAAGGUGGCUUUGUCAGCGAGUACUAUGGUACCUAUUUUGCCGCUGUUUCUGUUGCAGAGAAGGGUUAUAUCGAUGUUGUAUUAAGAUUGAAGACACCCGGCGGCCAUUCUUCGAUCCCUCCCUCUCAUACUAACAUCGGCAUCAUGAGUAAGCUAAUUCCGCAAGUUGAAGUCCCCUUCGAAGGAAAACUGGUUCCCGAAAACCCUUUCUUUUCUUCUUUGGAAUGCUUUGCCAAAUACAGUAAAGGUUUGGAUGAACACCUCCGUUCUUUAAUUUUGAAGAAAGAUACUGAAUCAUUAACCAGCAUUCUUUCAAAGAGCAAAGAUACACGUUAUUUUUUCGAAACUUCCAUUGCUGUUGAUGUUAUCCGUGGCGGUGUCAAGGUCAACGCCUUACCCGAAGAAACAGUAGUAAAUGUGAAUCAUCGUAUUUCAGUCGAAAAGAACCUUCAACAACUGUAUGAUCAUUACGAACAACUCGUUGGAAGAUUCGCUGAAGAGAACCAUUUGAAUCUUACCCACUUCAACGGAACUCAAAUCGUUUCCUACCCUGACGCUGUUGGUGACUUUUCUCUUUCUACUAUAAAGACCCUCGAACCUUCACCUGUUUCUCCAUAUGGACAGGGAGCUUCCACCUACGAGAAACUAGGAGGAGCAAUUAAGCAUACUUUUGGUAAUGAUACUCUCAUUGCCCCUGCAUUGAUGACUGCAAACACUGACACCCGUCACUACUGGAACCUGACGAAGAGUAUUUACCGUUGGACGCCUGUCUCUCCCAAAGCUGUUAGUCAGACGGACGACUUUAAUGCUCAUACGGUUAACGAAAACAUGCCUUUCCAAGGACAUCUUGAUGCUAUAACUUUUUACUACAACUUUAUCCGUCAUUAUGAUUAAUUGAGAAGACUAGCUUGAUUAUAAUUAUCCAAAUCUAUACUAUUUAAACGUUACUUUGCCUAAUGUUUUAUUUUGUUUUUCGAGUUUAGUCUUACCUUAGUUAUAUCUCUUAGGCUUAUUUUGGUGAUUUUAAUUUAAACAGUGUUAUAUUUAUUACUUACGAAAAGUAAAUUACAUUUAAAACAAACAAAAACCGUUCUAAUCUUCUUAAGAAACCAAUGCUGAAUAUGGA